CACCAACGGAGCGUGUGUUCUGACUCAUAGACGAUAUCUCUUCUUUGUCGCUAUCAGAAAUCUCCGAACCCUUGCUGUUAUGAAAUCUGGAUCUGGUGGGAUCGUGGAUGGAUCGAAUCAGAGACAAAGUGGUGGUGGUGCAAAUUUGGGUUUAAAAGAAGCUAAAGCAUUGGUGGAGAAUAGUCAUGCAAUUUUGAAAGCUAGAUUGUCUAAAGAAGAAGAACUGAAGAUGUUCUCCUCUCACAACAAGGUCAAGAAGGACAAGAAUGCUGAGCCAACAGAAUGUGAGGAGAGGAGCAAGUUUCUCAGGGUGAAGCCGUUACUGACACAGCUAGGAGCAAGUUUUAAAGUACUUGUGCUCGAUGAAAUGAGUGAUGGAGGUGAGAUCCAAUUAGCUUUAUCAGAAUGGACUGGACAGUGCAUAGUUCCAAACGUCUUCAUCAAAGGAAAACACAUCGAUGGAUGCGAUAGUGAUUAAGGAGUUUCUUAAAGUCAUAGACUUAAUUUUUUUUUUCUCGCCAGCUUUUGAUUUUCUUUUAGCUUUCCACAAAACAUUGUGUUAUAAAGUUCUCUCAUCAAU